UGAGUGAAAACAGAAAGAUGAAAAAGAAGGAGCAGAUGGAAAACCGCAACACAGAGGAGGAGGCUGAUGUGUACGAGCUGAAGGAGACCGGCUACACCCCUGAACUGACCGAACCGAUGGAGGACUCUCAGUCCAAUGAUGAAUACGAGUGUGCAUCACCUGAUGACAUUUCUUUACCUCCGCUGGCAGAGACACCAGAGUCCAACAUAGUCCACUCAGAUACUGAGGACAGCUUCUGUUUUUCCCAUAGUGUCCAUGUCAGCCAGUACAGCCACCAGUACCGUGCCCAGUCAGAGCACAGUGGGCCAGGUUCUGCUACUGGUGCCAUCCGACAGCAGACAGAGUCCAUCCAAACAGAGGGGAAUCCAACUACUCCCACCAUUCUUCACAGUCACACCAGGCUCAGAGCAGAGUCCAGUUUGUUUGUCCAGAAUCCUUUAAAAGUUCCAGACCUGCUCACCAGCACUCUGUGCAGCAUCCUGGGGACUGGCGAGCCCAACACAGCUAACCUCCCUGAGGGCAACACUGAACCAAGCUUCCCCUCUGGUCCUAACUCAGUCCACCAGAGCAACACUCCAGACACCUGUUACAUCAAGGACAACAAUGUCCCUGAGGAUGGAAGCCCCUCGCAAAUUGCACCCUUAUUAAUAGAGUACAACAGUCAGUAUAAGCAGCCUCAUAGUAGUGCAGGUACUCACAGCAGGAACACCCAAACUGUCCCAUACAAAACAAAAACCUUGCCACAGACUGUGCCACAGACUGAUCCUGUUCCCUUGGGUGCAGACCACAGUCAGAGCCCUCCCCUCCCCCAGUCCAGCUAUUGUCCUCAAGCCUUUGAUGAUGCAGACCCUGAUCUCCUCAAGCACAAGGCCCUUCCACAACACACUAGCCUCCUUAAACACAGCACUACAUUUCCUCAAAUUAGAACUGUAAUUUGUCAAGAAAACACUUUUACACAGUCCAUCCCUGACUCAGAACAUGGCCUUAAUCAAGCCAUAAAUCCCCCCCAAGCUAAGAAGGAAACAUCCCCAGUGUCAAAACAUCAAAGGUAUGAUCUUACCAGCAUCAGUACAGUUACCAGCCAGCAAACUGCUUACUCCCAGUCUCUCCCUUCAGACAGUCACUGCACCUUGACAGAGGCUAGCAGCUCUCUUAGGUCACAACAGGAAAACCACUUCACCCAGGCUAGCAGAAGUCUACCUGAUGUGUAUGUACCCAAUCCCUCUGAACCAAGCAGCAUGCGCAACAUCAGCACAUCCAGCAGUAGAUUCAGCAGCAAGCAGAGCCACCAGAGACUCUGCUCCCUCCAUGAGUCCCUGACCUCCACCUGUUCCCAGCAGCGUGUGCAUGACCCUGGCAGGACCCACAGCAGCCCAGCCAGGCCUACUGCUCCCCGUCAGCUCAAGGCACAGAUCCUAACCUUGGCUCAGCAGGCUAACCCGCAUGUCACCCCCCCUUCCUCUCCAUCUCAUCUACUAACUCCAGAACAAGAUGCAGACAUUUGCCAGCCCGUGGCCAUCUGUGAGGAGAUCAGGCUUACUCCUCAGAUCCUAGGGCCUCCCCUUCCUGCUCCUUCACCUCCCUCCAAGGAUCAGGCAGAGUCUCUUCCCCAGGGAAAAGCUUCUAAACCUGGACCCCCCUGCUUCACCAGACCCCUGUCUAAAGCUACCGUCAUGGAGGGCUCUCCAGUGAUGCUGGAGGUGGAGGUGAUGGCACACCCAGAGCCCACACUGACCUGGUUUAAAGAUGGAGAGGUGUCAGCCACCAGCACGGAUCGAGCACUGGCCCGCAAGGAGAAGAAACACUUCCUGCUGGACUCAGACAGUGGGUUAUUUGAGGCCCCAGCCACCAACCCUGAUGGGUCUUGGUGGGUGGCUGGAAACAGCAGCAGCUGUGGUGAAAAGUGGCUGGUAGCCAAAGUGUGGGACAUCAUCAGUGUGGACUGGCAGACCUGGUUUGGUACAAUGUGUGCUCUGCUGUGGUUGUUCUACCUGAUUCUGUUCUAAUAGGGCUCUGUCACAACAGGAACUUAGGCUACGUUCACAUCCCAGCCCUUAAUGCUCAGCUGUGAUGUUUGAGUCCGAUCUGAUCGUUUUGUGUCGGUGCUUCAAUUCAGUUAAUUUUUCAAUUCAGUUUGAUUUGUAUAGUGCCAAAUCACAACAAAAAUAAUCUCAGGGCACUUGCAUAGUGAAGCCUAGACCUCACAGUGUUUGAGGGAAAAACCCAACAAAGCCCCCUUGAGCAGCACUUGGGGACAAUGGGGAGGAAAAACUCCCUUUAACUCCCGGUGCACAAAUGUAGCUGAAAUGUGAGCCAAGUGCACACAAGAAAAACAACGCGGUCAUGUGUGCGAUGGUCAAAUGGCUCAGUUUCCUCCCAAACUGCUGGGUUAUGUUAUGUUCCUUCCAAUUUGGCCUGAUCAGAAGCUUCUCCAUAAAUGUCCACCACAUGUGAAACAUCCUGGUCUCGCCACUGACCCCGU